UGCUGCGGCCUGUUGCUGCCGCUGAGUGGAUUGUAACUGGGGUGAGUGGCUUUGGUGAGCUGGGGUUUGACUUUAUGUUAGCUGAGCGUAAGGCGGACAUGUAAAAAACAUAAAGAGACAGACAAAGCAAAAAGAAAAGAGAAGCUUCACUUUUGUUGCUGCCACUGUCAAUCGGCGUCACAUCAAAGUGCUUGAUGGCAGUUACACAGGCUGUGCUCCCUUCAUUCAGCUCCUUCUCCAACCUCACUCACUCCAGUGACAGUAUGAAAGUGUGGAAGUCUGAGGGUGACUCUUUCCCUCCGGACUUUCUAAGCAACAAACUGUCACCGAGCAGCUCUGAGCAGCUGCAGGUCUCUCAACACAUGACGGAGGAGCUACUGGACAAUGACAGCCAGGCAUCCUGGGACAUUGAGUUCUUGCUUUCUGAUUGGAGCAGCCCAUCACCUGACCGCAACCCCUCUCUGGACAACACUGAUCAACGGCUCCCUCAGCUGGACCCAAACCGAGGGUUCCAAGAGGCGGCCAUGUUUAAGGAACAACCAGGACAGGAGCAUCUGCAGAUGAGCAGUGGGGGCCUCAUGGCAGAGCUCCUGUCCCCUGCUGAAACCACAACGUCCAUCCAGCCAGAGCUGUACCAACAUGGUUAUAAUGACGACCAGACAGGUCUCACUUUAUUUCCCAGUCUACCUAAUGUAGAUCAGUUUGGGUUCCCCCAAGGAGGCAGUGUGGAGAGGCACAGCAGAGGAAACCUCAGCAAAGUUUCGUCACACGACUUUAGCCCUUACUAUGCCCUGCAACACCCCUCCAUGGUGACCUUCCCCAGCAGCAGGUUCAUACCUCCUCAAGCUGUGACCACUGACCCUCGACACUACAGCUACAUGCCACAAUUUAAUCACAAUGCCAGCCUUUUCUGUGACUACACCCACAGCCAGGCUGCUGGCCAUCUACCCCUUCACCAGCAGCCCCUGCUGGUUGGCCCACAGCUGCCCCCUGGUGGAGUUGAGGGGAAGCGUGGUCGUAGGCCUACAGGAAAAAGGAGGCCUGCCAUCCACAGCUGUGAAUACCCUGGCUGCAGUAAGACCUACACCAAGAGCUCACACCUCAAGGCUCACCUCCGCACCCACACAGGGGAAAAGCCUUACCACUGUUCAUGGGAGGGCUGCAGCUGGAAAUUUGCCCGAUCAGAUGAGCUGACGCGUCACUACCGCAAGCACACGGGCCAAAAACCUUAUGAGUGUCUGCUGUGUCAGAGGGCCUUCUCCCGCUCUGACCACCUAGCUCUGCACAUGAAGAGACACACCUGACACUUACAAACACACAUAUAUACAUACAAAGCACUGCCAUUUAAAGAAAGGAAUUAAGAAAAGUAGAAGACUUAUGAUGACAUGGAUAUUCCUAUAAGUUUUAAUUGACUCCAAUUCUGAUGCAAAUCAAUUCAAUGAGAAGGUGGAUUUGGGACUCAGUGACCUCAGAUACUGACUGCACAUGUUCCCCGUCUGGGUGGUUAUUAAUAAAGGCCCACAUGUAGACGUAGGCCACAUGAAAACUGACAACACAACCAGUGGUAGGUUGGCAUCACAAAUCUUUGUAUGUAUGCUGCCUGGGAGGAAUUGUUUGGUUUGCUUGUCUGUUUUUGGUUUACUUCAAAAGACAAAUGAGAAAUCUAAUUCAGAAGCCUUCAACAUAUGAAAUUAUCUCUUUUUUUAAACAUAUUGUUGUUUUCCACUGCUUAAAGAGUGACUGGCAGGUAAUGACUGCUUAACAAAUAACAUUUAAAAGAGUACUCCACAGAUUUAGCACUGCACUCCUAUAAUAACUGGACACCUGAUGGAUAGUUUUAAAAAGUGUCAAAAUAGAUGCAACAGAACCAGAGAUAUUGUUGUCUACGUUACCCACAAUGCAAUUUGAAUGCUGCCAGUUCUGUUAGAGAUUUGUGUGUGUUAUGCUAAUAACAGCCGAUAUAGCCUCGAGCUGCUAGCCUAAAGCAAGGCGCAAGCUACAGAGCUCUGGUAAGCUCACUUCUUUAUAACUCCACACCCCAGAUUUAUUCAUUUUCAAACUUGCAGUCUUCCGCCCCAACUGACACUGUCUCAAGUGACAUCACUUGAGGCCAUUUAUCAGAAUUCAUGCAGCUCCCUCUGGAGACACUAAAAGCUGUACUUUACCCUUUAAUGUGGUAGUCUAGGUUCUAACUUAGAUUUUGUGAACUCAGCCUGAUAACAUUUAUACAUAACACUGAUGACUCAGACUUGACUAAGUUGUUAGAAUGGGCUUCUCUCUUUUUCUGUAACCCUUUCACAGGCACACAAAGACUUACACAUUUAUUCUUUGAGGACCUUCCUUAGUGUUACUUCCCCUGUCCUCAACCUUAACCAUCACAGCAACAUGACCUCAAUCCUUACUCCAACUCCAAUUAGUCCUUACUCCAACUAAAAAAUUGAGGACCGGCCAAAAUGUCCUCACUCUGAGGGUAAAUGUGUUCUUUGUGAGGACUAGUAUAAGAACACACUCAUAGUGUAAUGUUAGCAUGCUUUAAGCAACAAAGGCAGCUUAGACACUUAAACACUGUACACACUGUGGGCAUGUAGAAAGCAAGCAUUAACACUAACAAAAGACCCAAAAAAUGUGUGUAAUAUGGGUUAGAAUACAAAACACAAUAGAAUAUUGUGUAGGAUCUCAUAGCACGCUGAACAAACUCAUGACUGCUUAGUAACAAUGCAAGCUGUAUUACUGCUGAGACGAUCUGAUAUCUUGGUCUGAGUUCUGUUAGAACUUCAGUUAACAAAGACAAGACAAAUCAACAAACAAAGUAUAUGCAAAACUAUUGUACAGUGAAUGCAGCAUUGUGUAUUUUUGUCACUUAACUUUAUGUUUGUCUGUUUGGGCAUUUUAACUUAAAAACAUGUAUGCUUUUGUCUCUCACAUCAAGCAGAAUUUAAAACUGUAAAUAAUCUGCCGCUUUCUCAGUUGUUUGUUCUCAUCUAGAAAUGAGAAACAUAUUUAUUAACAUAAUCUUUUAUAUCAACAGAAUUGCUUAUAUUAUCGUACAUUGUUUUAUAUUC